AUGGCAAUCCCGGCCGCAUUACCGCCAUUACCAUUCAACCCUACCAGGGUGAGAUCGUAUGUGCUCCGAUUACCACUUUUCACACGCCUUGUGCUGUUGGCCAUCGUUGUAUUUUGGUUGCUCGAGCUACAAACUAUAUGGGGCGUGGUACAAUGGGGAUCAUUGACGCCGAGUGAAAUCGGAAUUGGUAGCAUGUACCGACUGAACACCUAUCCAUUUAUUCACGUCGGGUUUUUUCACGCUUUCGUGAAUCUGCUAGCUCUCACACCGUUGCUGGAGCGAUUCGAAGCUGAGCAUGGUACAUUGACCGCAGUUGCUUUAUUUCUUGGCCCUCUCUCAACCUUCCCAGCCGGUAUAUACAUCCUGAUUGAGAAAUUCAUCCUGCACAGCAACACUGCUGUGGUUGGGGCAAGUGUCUGGGUGUUCCUAUUGCUAGGCUCUGAAGCUAUUAAGACAUUUAAGUCAAACCCAUACUUCAGUCUUGGGACAGCGAAGAUUCCGACCUGGACGUCACCACUAUUCGCAUGUGCUCUCGUAUCGAUAUUCAUGCCGAACACGAGCUUCUUGGGCCACCUGAGCGCUAUUAUAAUAGGCUAUCUACUCGGCCUCGGGUAUCUCAAGGUGCUUGUUCCACCAGAGAAGAUCCUGAGAUGGAUUGAGGGAAAGCUGAACCUACUGGGACGACUGCCACAUUAUGUGUCAGUAGAUCAGAAAACCUAUGGUCGUUAUGGUGUCCUUCCUACGGCGACGGCAGCCGUAGGGGCCGUGAUCCGCAGGUUGCGGAGCAAUCCCCAGUUUCUCUUCGUGCGCCUGCCGUAUAUACUUUCGCUUCUUUGCAUAAUCGCAGGAGUGGUCUGGCUUCUUCUCCUUCCCCUCGACGAAUACGCCCGUCGAACAUACAUCUCCGAGAAUGCGCUUUUGCCUGGCCAGGUUCAUGCAUACUUUUCAGGCAGCGAACAGAACAUCUUUCGCGGGUAUAAGAGGGAACUCGAAAGUUUGCUGAAUUCUGGGAAUCAGGAAGGUCAGGAGGCGAAGGAUAGUGAAUUGACACCGGUAAUUUCCGAUCAGAUACAGUCGGUCUUGCGAGCGGCCGGGUUGAAAGUUGCGACGCAGAAGUACGAGUACACUUCUUCGGGCAUCACGCAUGAGGGACAGAAUGUCUACGCGAUCAUCCAUGCGCCGCGGGGCGAUGCCACGGAGGCGAUUGUGCUGGUUGCUGCUUGGAAGACUGCUGAUGGGGAAUUGAACUUGAAUGGGGUCAGCCUUGCGCUGACGCUGGCAAGAUACUUUAAGCGUUGGUCUUUGUGGUCCAAAGAUAUCAUUUUUCUGUUUCCACCAGACAGCAAAUCUGGAACUCAGGCGUGGAUCGAUGCGUAUCAUGACAUGCAACCGCCCUCGGUCCAGCCUCUGCCGCUGAAGAGCGGUGCCCUACAGGGGGGACUCGUUAUUGAAUACCCCUUCGAUCAUCGAUUCGAGUCUUUACAUAUCGUCUACGAUGGCGUCAACGGGCAACUGCCCAAUCUGGAUUUAUUUAAUACGGUCAUUUCAAUCGCCGGGGGUCAGAUGGGAAUCGGAACCAGCCUGCAGGAAAUGUGGGAGCAUGAUGAUAGCUAUCAAAAGCGCCUGCAGACAAUCCUUAGGGGUAUGGUCAAGCAGGGCUUCGGACACGCUACCGGGGCACAUAGUAGUUUCAUACCGUACCACAUUGAUGCGAUCACUCUGCAAACGAAGGGAGAUGGCUGGCAAGAUGAGAUGGCUCUAGGUCGAACCGUGGAGAGUCUCUGUCGCAGUCUCAACAACCUGCUCGAACACCUUCACCAGAGUUUCUUCUUCUAUCUGCUGAUGCACACCAAUCGCUUCGUCAGCAUAGGUACUUACCUUCCAAGUGCGAUGCUGAUUGCUGGGAACUUCACCAUCAUGGCGAUUGCUUUGUGGAUGCGUACGGGCUACUAUAUGCACGCUCUCGCGACCUCUACCACGAAAGGAGAAGGUCCCCAGGAUAAGAAGUCUCCGGCCGAUCAAGCAACGAAUGCUGAGACAAAUGGCGAAUUGAAUGACUCAAAUCCCAAGGAGCUACCCAGUCCUGGCAGCGUCCUGGAGCGACAGUUGGCGCUCCCGCUCACACUAGUUAUCGGGCUACACCUGCUUGGCCUGGUCCCUCUUUUCAUCUUCAAUAACAUCCAUCACAAGUACUAUACGACCGCGACCUACACUUGUCUCGGAGCUGGGGUCAUCCUCCCCCUCAUCGUGUCAGCCCUCUUGAACCAUGGGGUUAGUUCUCCUCCAACAACUCAGCAAUAUUUCCUGACUAAAUCCUUCUCCCUCCUUCUGCUCGGCCUGUUCCUCUCUACCCUUGCCACAUUGAACUUCUCUCUUUCUUUCAUGGUUGGCCUACUCUGUGCACCACUUAGUUUCGUCAAGCGCAUCAGUCCCCAGACGAAAGCUGCUCUGCGGUACCCCAUCGCUAUACUUGGUUUGCUAGUCUUAAAUGUCCUUUCUCCUCCUGCGGUUCUCAUUGGGGCAUGUUGGUACUCAGGCGUGACGGUUGAGACGGUUCUGACUCAGGCAGCAUUCGGAUGGAAUGUCUGGGGCAUGUGGACACAGGUGGUUGUGUGGUGUGUCUGGUGGCCUGCUUGGGUGGUUGGAUGUGUCUUACUAGGAUCGUCUCUUCUUUGA